UGACAUUAGAAUAAAAGAAGUGAACCAUAUUUAAACUUAUUUAUGUUCAAGGAGAACACUUUGACACUUUAUGUGAUGAAUAGAGGUCCAUGUGAUGAAUCACUCACUGGAUAAAUAAAAGAAUAAUGCUUGGCUUCUCAGAAAUCAAAUCACGCCAUAUUUGACCUAAUACUGUAUAAAAGACUAACAUGGGUAUAAAAGCAACACUCUCAGCACAUUGUAGGCUCAAUCAAGUACACUAUAUGUAUGCAUUAUGUGAGGAGAUGGCAACAGAUCCAAGGACAUUAGAAUUCAGUCUUGUCAUACACAAAGUAGGGAGAUUCUAAUGAUCCCUUCAACAUGUCUGAGUGUGUAUCAUGUAAGAAGACAAUAACAGAUCUGAGGACAUUAGAAUGCAAUCAUAAAUGCUGCUCAAACUGUUUAGAGACCCUCAAAGAAGAAAACUCUCCAUUUGUUAUCUGCCCGUUAUGUAAAAAGGAAUGUCUGCUGCUAAAGGGGGCAGGAAGGAAGCUCAAGAGAUUAGAUGAUGAAGUAUCGCAAUUACUUGAAACUGUUCAACAACAAGUGGAACAAGAUGAAAAGAAUAUCCAGGCAGAGAGAAAAAGAGCAGACGAAGAAAGAAAACGGGCAGAAGAAGAACACAAGAGGGCAGAAGAAGAAUGUAAGAGGGCAGAAGAACAAAGCAAGAGGGCACAGGAGGAUCUAUCAAAAAAGAAAACCACCAUCAGCCAAUUACAAGAUUACAUCAAAACAUUAAAAGAACGAUAUCCAGAUAUCACACUUCAUCUUGAACAACUCAAUGGUGAAGAACUUGAGAUUACAAAGUGGUUAAAGGAGAUUGAUACUAUAAACAAAAACAAGAUCAAAGGGGAGGUAUCUGAAGAGAAGUGGCGGAGCAAUCGAGAGAAGCAUGUAAAGCUGCUAAGAAGAGUUGGUAACAUACAUCAGGCUAUUGGUGAAAAGAAAAGAAGCCUAUUUGAAUAUGUUAAUGCUAUUAGCAUCUAUGAAACUGGAAUAGUACAAUGUGGAAAUGAAGUCCCUGAAUUAGAUCAGUAUGUUAAGGACAAGAAGGCUGCCCUAGAUCUUUUCUUUAAACAAUGUAUUGGGACAGAGUCACCAAAUAAUUACUUCAUGGAUGAAGAUACAAAUAAAGAGAAACUUAACGAUAUCAGGAGUGAUUUAAGAAACAGAAUACUAGACUUGGAUACAAAUGAAGCAUGUUACUGUUAUAAAGCAGGGAUCACUCACAAAGAAAGAAUGGAUCGUGAAGGAGAACGAGUCAAACAAAAUGGAGAAAUAUUCAAGUGGAUCCUGAAUGAAAUGAGAAAAUUUGUUUCAACCCUGGUUGAACAAAGUAUAGCCCUACUUAAUUUUCAUGAAACAGACUUUGCAUUAAUUGCAUUUGGAUCAUUUUCAAGAACAGAGACAACACCCUUUUCUGAUUUAGAGUUUGCGGUAGUACAGAACUCAGAUAAAUUAGAAAUGGAACCUGAAUACAGGGAAAGCAUAGAGAAGUUGGUCAUGAUCCUUCAUCUCAAGUUCCUAUCAUUUGGUGAAACAGUCCUACCAGCAAUGGCCAUACCUUCACUAAAUGAUACUGACCAAAAUGAUAUAACAAAAGACUGGUAUCUAGAUUUACGAAGAUUUGUCAGCAUUAAACAAGGAAUCUCAUUUGAUGGACUUAUGCCACAUGCAAACAAGACACCAUACUUUGUUUCUCCUCAGUAUCAAAGUUUUCAACUGACCAAUACAAAGGCUGCAUUCAUCGCUAACUACAGCAAUAUGAAGGAAAAUGAACUGAAACAGGUGCUAUACUUCUUUAAAGGAGACUUCACCACAAUCUUUGGAGAUGAAUCUAUUGAGGUUGAAAUGAAGGAGUGUUUUAAGAAGAAUUCCGAGCAGAGACAAACAAUAUUGAAGCUUAUUAAAAGUGAGCUCAAAGAGGAUUUAGUUAAACAUUCCUGCAUCAAAAAAAUAUACGAUAGCAAAUACAAAAAGGAACUGAUAAAGAAAGAAUCACUUCAUGUGAAGAAAGAGCUGUACCGUUUGCCCAGUGUUGUUGUAAACAACCUACUUCAUCUGCUCAACAGUAAUGCAAAUUCGAUAUGGGAUGUUCAUGAUCUUGAAGGAUUAGAAAAUGACAACAUACAUCACUUGAAGAUGGCACUAUCCAAUGCAGCUGAGGUUAGACUGAGAUGUUAUGCAGGAAACAAUGGCCAAGUUGAUGAGCACCAAGGAAAACUAUUGCCAGAUUUUCUUGUAUCUGAUAACAUUGGUCCUGAUACCUUCAGUGAAGACCUCAUAAUGCGUUACUUUUACACCGCUAUACCACUUGCGCAUGCUAUUGAAGGUGAAAAUUCGGCUGAGGCUGCACUCGAGAAAUUUGGAAAAAUAUCUCUCUAUGAUCCAUCAGUCCUGAACACUACAAUUGCCUACCUACUGAUGCGAAAUACAGACAAGGCAAAGGAAUGCCUACAAGAAGCCAAUAAAACAUUUAAGACUGAAGAUCCAACACAGCUAAUAAUGCAUAUUCUAUGCAAUAUCUACAUUGAUGAUGACAAUAUCAGUAAGCCUUUUCUAGACAAAUUGGCAAUUACUGUUCUUGAUACUAAGGACAUAGAUUCCAUGAACGCAUAUGGCAAUGCUCUCUUACAAAAGGGGCACAUUGAUAAGGCUAUUGAAGUUCUUGAGAAAAGUGUAGAGAAAUCUGUCAAUGAUAGGCGAAAAGUGACAUCAAUGACACUCUUGAUGACAGCUUACAAGAAAGGGAACAGGACAACAGAAUAUGAAACUCUCAUGAGGGAACACCCAGAAAUGGAGGAGAUAAACAAACUCAUAUAUGAGCUUGAUGAAACAAAACAAUUGCUGAAAAGUGAAAAUCAAAAGGUAGUAAAGAUGACAAGUGACAUACAAGACAUUAACCAAGACCUGUUUCAAUCAAGGCAAACUAUAGAUGAAGAAAAGAAUAGAAGGCGUUUAGAGGCUUAUGAGCAUUCAUUAAAAAUACAAUCUGUGGAGAUUGAACUGGCAAAGUCUCACAAUGAUAUGGAAGAAAUGAGAACACUACAUGCAAUCAAG